GACUGCUGUCGUCCACUACAUCCAACCUCAAAAGCAGUUACUGAAAACACAGUCCGAGUGAUCAGUUCACCAUUUCAGCUCAGCUCAGAUUUCGGGUAUCCAAAUUGACCCGAUUCCAUCGACCUGAAAACCAUGCGGGCUUGAUCGGGUUCAGGUUCGCGAACCUCGAAAACCGUUCAAUUUCUUACUGAAAACUAUGUUCAAUGGCUUCAACAUCUUCAGGUAUUGCUACAUUGGUGCGAGCAAUUUUUGGGCCUAUCACCAACUAAAGUACCAUUUACUUACGUAAAUCUCAAUGGUACCCGGGGGCUUUGGGAGUUAUGGACUGUUUUCAGACUGUUAUUCAUCAUAAGGGUUAUUUGUGCGGUCGGUUGUUGUUAUUCUUUAUCUGGUUAUCCAGUUUCCAAGAUGUCGUGGCAGUGCAGACAGUAUUUAACGGAAGUCAUGUUUCUUCAAUGGCAGAGCUAGGCCUGGCUAAUCCACCUACUACUGGGUUCUUUGAUCCCAUAGAAAUAUCACCAGCUGUUAUUCCACAUUACCCAAAUCCUGCAGAUGAACCUUUGGCACCAAUGUACCCAACUUUUCCGACAAGAUAUGAGCCUGUUUUAACUGGGAAAUGUCCUGUAAAUUUCUCCACUAUAUCAAGUCUAAUGGAAAAAACCGCAUCUGAUUGUUCUCAACCCCUAGCAGCACUUGUAGGAAAUGUAAUAUGUUGCCCACAGUUUAGUAGUUUGAUCCGUAUCUUCCGGGGUCUCGAUAGCUUCAAGCCUGAUAAGUUGGUUUUGCAAAAUUCAGUUGCGAAUGAUUGUUUUACAGAUAUCAUCAGUAUCUUAGCCAGCAGGGGUGCAAACAGUUCAAUAGCUACACUUUGCUCCAUAAAUUCAUCAAAUCUUACGGGUGGGUCCUGUCCAGUGAAGGACAUUAGUGCCUUUGAUAAAACAGCAAAUACAAGUGGAUUACUGGAGGCCUGCACAACUGUUGAUCCUCUUAAAGAGUGCUGCAGACCAAUCUGCCAGCUAGCAAUCAUGGAUGCUGCACGUCAAAUCUCUGGAAAACAAUUGAUGAUGAAUGAGAACAAAAAUUUAGUGGGUGGGCUUAACUACACUGAUACUCUAAGCGAUUGUAAAGGAGUGGUUUUUACAUAUCUUUCGAGGAAACUCUCGUCAGAUGCUGCAAAUACUGCAUUUCGAAUAUUAUCUGCCUGCAAAGUUAACAAAGUUUGUCCUUUGGAUUUUAAGCAGCCUUCAGAAGUAGUUCAAGCAUGUCGCAAUGUUGCAGCCCCUAGUCCUUCCUGCUGUAGCUCAUUAAACACUUACAUCUCUGGAAUACAAAAGCAAAUGUUGAUUACAAAUAAACAAGCUAUAAUCUGUGCUACAGUGUUUGGGUCCAUGUUGAGGAAAGGUGGGGUAAUGGAAAAUGUUUAUGAGCUUUGUGAUGUUGACUUGAAAGACUUCAGCAUUCAAGCAGCAUAUGGUCAACAAGGGUGUCUACUUAAAAGCUUGCCUUCAGAUGUGAUUUUUGACAAUAUAACAGGCAUCAGCUUUAUAUGUGAUUUGAGUGACAACAUUGCAGCACCAUGGCCUUCGUCUUCCUCAAUUUCAUCGGUGUCCCUUUGUGCACCUGAGAUGUCAUUGCCUGCACUACCAACGGCGGAGACUUUUAAAAAUCUUGGCUGUCGUGGUGGUGAGCUAGAAUUUAUGUUUCCCGUUUUUUCAUUGUUUGUUUUGUGCACUUUGUUGUACUGAGGGUUGGGCCGGUUUGAAUUAGGGGCUUUUUGAAAUUGAUGUUGUGUGUGGACUGUCCUGUAUAUUUUGAGUAGCCACAAUGUAUAGCAGUUCUCAUUUUCUCUCUC